AUCAGGUGGCCAAAGUAUUGGAGCUUCAGCUUCAGCAUCAGUCCUUUCAGACUUUUUUCUCCAAAAGAGAAAAUUGAAGAAGGAAGGAAGAAUGGCUGUUGGACUGUGUAAAGCCAUGUCCCAGGGAUUGGUGACCUUCAAGGAUGUAGCUCUGAAUUUUUCCCAAGAGGAAUGGGAAUGGCUGGACUCAUCUCAGAAGGAUUUGUACAGAGAUGUCAUGUUGGAGAACUACAGGAACUUGGUAUGGCUUGGACUCUCCAUUUCUAAGCCCAACAUGAUCUCCUUAUUGGAACAAGGGAAGGAACCUUGGAUGGUGGAGAGAGAGAUGUCAGAUGGUCAACAUGCAGACUGGGAGUCUUGGUAUGAGAUCAAGGCAUUGUCUCCAAAGUGGUACACUGAUGAAGAGGAAAUAUCACAGGGGGUGAUAACAAAAAGACUUACAAGUUAUAGCCUUGAAUGUUCCAGUUUCAGAGAAGCCUGGAAAUAUGAGGCUGAAUUUGAGCAGCAUAAAGGAAAUCAGGCGAGGCAUUUCAGGCAAGUGGCAACUCUUAAGGAAAUCUCUGCUGUGAAGAGAGACAAUGAAUAUAAUAAUUCUGAGAGAAACAUUCUCUUGAAGUCGGUACUUUUAACACAACAGAGAGUUCCCCCAGUAGAGCAAGUACAUAAAUUUGGUAUUUUUAAUAAAAUGUUCCCCCGAAAUUCAGUUCUAAUUGAACAUAAAAGACUGCAUGACGAGAAGGAAUCUUUGAUAGGUAAUGAAUGUGAAGAAUUCAACCAGAGCACAUACCUUAGUAAAGAUGUAGAAAUUUUUCCUGGGGAGAAAUCUUAUGAAAGUAAUGAUUUUUCAAACAUCUUAAGUUUCCAUUCAUUACUUACUCAACAUCAAGCAACUCAUUUUGGAAAAUCACCCCAUGGAUAUGAUGAAUAUGGCAAUGCCUUUAGCUGUUUCUCAUAUUUUACUCAACCUCAGAGAAUUCACAGUAGAGAGAAAACAUAUGCAUGCAAUGACUGUGGCGAGGGCUUCAGCCAUGACUUUUUUCUCAGUGAGCAUCAGAGAACUCAUAUUGGGGAGAAACCAUAUGAAUGUAAGGAAUGUAACAAAGCCUUCCGACAGAGUGCACACCUUGCUCAACAUCAGAGAAUCCACACUGGAGAGAAACCCUUUGCAUGCAAUGAAUGUGGGAAGGCCUUUAGCCGUUAUGCCUUCCUUGUUGAACAUCAGAGAAUUCACACAGGAGAGAAACCAUAUGAAUGUAAGGAAUGUAACAAAGCCUUCAGACAGAGCGCACACCUUAAUCAACAUCAGAGAAUUCACACUGGAGAGAAACCCUAUGAAUGCAAUCAAUGUGGAAAAGCCUUCAGCAGACGCAUAGCCCUUACUCUGCAUCAGAGAAUUCAUACAGGAGAGAAACCCUUUAAAUGUAAUGAAUGUGGGAAGACCUUUGGCUAUCGCUCACACCUUAAUCAACAUCAGAGAAUUCACACCGGUGAAAAGCCCUAUGAGUGCAUCAAAUGUGGGAAGUUUUUUAGGACUGACUCACAACUUAAUCGACAUCAUAGAAUUCAUACUGGAGAGAGGCCUUUUGAAUGCAAUAAAUGUGGGAAAGCGUUCAGUGAUGCUUUAGUUCUAAUUCAUCAUAAAAGAAGUCAUGCAGGAGAGAAACCCUAUGAAUGUAACAAAUGUGGGAAGGCCUUCAGUUGUGGCUCAUACCUUAAUCAACAUCAUAGAAUUCAUACUGGAGAGAAACCCUACGAAUGUAAUGAGUGUGGGAAGGCUUUCCAUCAGGUCUUGUCCCUUAGGCUACACCAGAGAAUUCAUGCCGGAGAAAAACCCUAUAACUGUAAUGAAUGUGGGAACAAUUUUAGCCGUGCUUCAACCCUUAGACGACAUCAGAAAAUUCAUAAUAUAAAAACUCUCUGA